CAGUACAUAGUACUACACAGUAUAGUACUACAGUACUACUACUUGAGUUCCAGGAAUGGGAAUAGUACGUCAUUGAAUACCGACUUUGUCCUUCUUCCCGUGGCCAGAGCUUACAGUAGCUUCUACCGGCCAGCUACUGCUCAUUUCACUAUCAUCCGAUAUUUUCAUUCUAACGCCUGCCCGCACAUUCAAUGGAAUCCAGCGCGCUCAACAAUUGUUCCUCUGGCAUUCCUGAUCAUACUGGCGCCGGUAUGGAAGCAAAGCCGAAAUCUCCAACAUCACCGUCGAGUGCAGGCUCCGAUCGGACAGACCAAGGCUCUUUCAGCCUACUAUACGAGCCCACGGCCCCAUGUUCUUCAAAGAGCAGUCUGAAUAACGCACAAAGCCGCGGAUCCAAGUCGUACAAGCCCGAUGUUCCUUCCGACAAUUGGAACAGUGGGCAAGUUCCCAACUCUUCAACCCGCUCAUCUAGCCGAGCACACAGAAGGCUUAGUGGGAGUACAGCCGCGAGCUCCACCAGUGAAGCUGAACUUUCUGAAUUACCGCAUCUAGGGAGGAUCGGUGUCUGUGCUCUGGAUGUGAAAGCACGCAGCAAACCUAGCCAAAAUAUUCUGACCCGUCUUCAAUCCAAGGGUAGGUUUGAAGUGAUCGUCUUUGGUGAUAAGGUGAUCCUUGAUGAAGCUGUAGAGAAUUGGCCGGUGUGUGAAUACCUGAUAGCAUUCUUUUCUGAUGGAUUUCCAUUGGACAAAGCCAUUGCUUAUGCAAAACUUCGGAACCCUUUCUGUGUCAACGACUUGCCCAUGCAGAAGGUGUUAUGGGACCGGCGUCUCUGUUUAAAGAUACUAGAUCAGAUGAGUGUCCCGACGCCUAAAAGACUGGAGGUUAACCGAGACGGCGGACCUACGCUUGAAUCCCCAGAACUUGCCGAGCAUGUAUAUAAGCUGACAGGGGUGAAACUUGAUGGUCCUAGCGAUGGUACUGGAGGAGGAGCAUCGAGGACAAUGAGCGUGAAAAUGUCUGACGAUGGCGAUUCUCUAAUUGUUGAUGGCAAAGUGUUCAGAAAACCCUUCGUCGAGAAGCCGGUAAACGGCGAAGAUCACAAUAUCCAUAUAUAUUUCCCCAACGACCAGCAAUACGGUGGUGGUGGUAGGAGGCUUUUCCGAAAAGUCGGGAAUAAGAGCUCUGAAUACGAUCCCGAUCUUAUUGUUCCCAGAUCAGUGGCAGAGAAAGAUACAAGCUACAUUUAUGAACAGUUUCUAAGGGUCGAUAAUUCGGAGGACGUCAAAGCCUAUACGGUCGGGCCAGACUUUUGCCAUGCAGAGACGCGGAAGUCUCCUGUUGUUGACGGGCUUGUUCGCCGCAACACCCAUGGCAAGGAGCUCAGGUACAUAACCAAAUUGAGCAGGGAGGAAGCUGCCAUUGCUUCCAGGAUAUCAAAUGGAUUUGGCCAAAGAAUUUGCGGGUUUGACAUGCUCCGCGUGGGAGAGAAAAGUUAUGUGAUUGACGUAAACGGUUGGAGUUUUGUCAAAGACAAUAAUGACUAUUACGACAAAUGCGCUAGUAUCCUGAGAGACGCCUUUCUAAAUGAGCAGCGCAAAUGCGAAGGGAUCCCAAAGCCCGUUGACACUCUUCCCCUGGAUCCAGGUCACCCAUGGAGGCAAUCUAUCUCUCACCGACACACCCUAAAGACCCUGCUGAAGUCGCCAAGUGCAUCAAAGCUCAAUGGAAGCCAAGCAGGUCUUAGAAGCCCCGACACAGGCUCCUCGGACUCGAUUGCUACGAGGCCAAUAACUUCGUCAUCUGGAGAGAAAUUUGACAAUGGAAACAGCCAUGUAGAUCCCAAUGGGUCAGACAAACUUGCAAAUCCAAGGGCCUAUGGACCGCAGGAUUCUAAGUUGUUCAUGCUGCCAAUGGAUCAGCCGGCCCAAGGGCCGCCGCCGCCGCCAGCUUCCAAACACUCAUGGAAGCUCAAGGGGAUGGUGGCAGUUAUCAGACAUGCAGACCGUACGCCGAAACAAAAGUUUAAGUUCACAUUCCACAGUCAGCCUUUCAUCGACUUGCUAAAAGGUCAUCAGGAAGAGGUGGUAAUAAAGGGUGAAUCCGCACUAGCAAGUGUCUCGGAUGCUGUCAAAGUUGCUAUGGAGCAAAACCUUGAAGACAUGGAGAAACUAAAAUUACUCCGUACGUCUCUCGAGAAGAAAGGUGGCUGGCCAGGGACAAAGGUCCAGAUAAAACCUAUGUUUCGGAAGCGAAAACCAGAAGAACUACGUGGACAAGCAUCCUCGGUCCUUCCGACCUUGCCUAUCGAGCCACCCCAAGAGGACUCUUUAUCUAUUAACAAUCAUCCUUCCUCGGAAAACGAUCAACUGAGCCGACCCCAGACACGAAGCGACUCGAUAUCUGGUGCAACCUUUUCGAGAUUCUCUGCUGCAGAAAAUGACCUGAUUCUAGAUAAACUCCAGCUGGUAAUCAAGUGGGGAGGGGAACCAACACAUGCGGCACGCUAUCAAUCACAGGAUCUAGGGCUUAACAUGCGUGAUGAUCUGAAACUAAUGAACAAGGAGGCGCUAAAUAAUGUCCGUAUCUUCACAAGCUCUGAACGAAGAGUGAGCACGAGUGCUCAAAUCUGGGCUUGCUCUUUCCUUGAUCAAAAGGAACUCCCCGAAAACUUCAUACAAGUACGGAAAGAUCUUUUGGACGACUCCAAUGCUGCAAAAGAUCUCAUGGAUAAGGUCAAAAAGAAGUUAAAGCUCCUUCUGAGAGAAGGAUCCGCGCCUUCGCAGUUUACGUGGCCGAAGGAUAACAUCCCAGAGCCAUCAGUCGUGUUGGCUACGGUCGUCGAGCUGAUGAAGUACCACCGAGAUAUUAUGAGACACAACUUCCGGAGGCUUGAAGAAUCAUCAUCUCACACUUCGAGAGGGAAUGGUGAAGAUGAAGAUUGUACACUUCCCUCCCAACAUAACGUGGGAUGCGAGACACCUUUGUCUUCUGUUCAAGGGCGGUGGUGUACUGGGGAGGAUCCCAUGCUUUUCAAGGAAAGAUGGGAGAAGCUCUUCGCGGAAUUUUGUGAUACCGAGAAGGUCGAUCCCAGUAAACUCUCCGAGCUCUAUGACAGCAUGAAAUUUGAUGCGCUUCACAAUCGGCAAUUUUUGGAAUGGGUCUUCAUGCCACCUGACAGUGAUGACAGUGGUGAUGAAAGAUACGGCCAGAGCUCGAAGAAAGCCAAAAGAGAUGACACUGUCGGAGAUACUGGACUCGGUCACGAUAAACAUGAAGAGCAUACAGAGGGUUCACAUUUCGCGCAUCGAUUCGGGUGGAAGAAGCGCAUGCAUGCAUUUGAACUAAUGCCACACUUCAGGGCACUCGAUGACAGCUAUGACCACUACUUCAAGUUGUAUCCUGGCUCUAGUCCAACCAAGGCCAAAAUAGAUGGCAGACUUUCGAAAUUAAGAGAGUUAUACAAACUCGCGAAAGUACUCUUUGACUAUGUGACCCCACAGGAGUAUGGAAUUACAGACACAGAGAAACUGGAGAUUGGCUUAUUGACCUCAUUGCCUCUCCUUCAGGGCAUCGUGAGAGAUCUAGAAGAAGUUCAGGCCUCGCCUGACGCGAAGUCUUUCUUCUAUUUCACUAAGGAAUCUCACAUCUACACCCUCCUAAACUGCAUCUUGGAAGGAGGCAUCCAGACCAAGAUCGCCAGGACUGCUAUUCCUGAGCUGGAUUAUUUAUCUCAGAUUUGCUUCGAACUUUACGAAGCCAAAGAUCGUGAAUCGUCAACAAAUUCUUAUUCGAUUAGGAUAUCAAUCAGCCCGGGCUGUCAUGCUUUUGACCCACUGGAUGUGCAGCUUGACUCCAGACAUGCCAUUGGCUGCGCCCCAAGAAGGAGCCUGACUGCCCAUCAUGAUUGGAAAGAGGUUAUCGAAACCCUGAAGGCAAGAUUUGACACGGUUAAGCUCCCCAAGACAUUCAUUGCCGUGAACCUAAGUGAUAAGCACGGAUCAACCUCUUGACGGUUUUUUGUGGAGGAGCAUAUAUUCACCUUUCUUAGAAGGUUGUGGCCAUACGUCAGCUUCUUUUCCUACUAACAUUCAGUUAGGGAUGAUUUGCAAUUACUUUACGAUUUCACGGGUAUUUUAUAUUACGGUAUAAGAAGCAUCU